AUGUCGACGGAACUGGCUAACAACGCCGCGCCGCGUACCGCGAAAACUUUGCCUGCGCAUCCUCUUGCUCCUCUUUCGGCUGCAGAACUUCAGACGGCGGCCUCUAUCAUCAAGGCUUCGUGGCCUGCACAUACGGACCUGCACUUCAAAGUUGUGACAUUAGAGGAGCCAUCAAAGUCUGAGGUCUUGAAAUAUCUUGAGGCAGAACAUGGCAAUAAACCCCUCCCUUCAGUCUCGAGGAAGGCUUUCGUAAAUUACUACAUCAGGAACACAAGUAAGUUUCACGAGGCCAUUGUCAACUUGACAUCUGGUCGCGUUGAACGCAACGUCCUUCUGGGACCCUUUGUUCACGCCAAUGGAGAUGGUGAGGAGAUUGUCGCCAUCGAGAAGAUCGCUCUCGCGGACGAGAAGGUCAAAGCCGAGAUCGCAAAAUUGGAAUUACCCGAAGGCACAGUUGUAAUCAGCGACCCAUGGAUUUACGGAUCUGAUGGCAUUGGUGAUGAGGAACGCUUGUACCAGUGCUUCCUCUACCUCCGAGACCCGAACAACUCCUCUGAAGCAGACUCAUGCCACUAUGCAAUGCCCUUGCCAAUCUCCCCCGUUGUCAGCACUGCAACCAUGAAGGUCAUCCGAGUGGACAUUUUGCCAACGGGGGCCGACAAUACCAUCAAGCCAAUCGAAAAAUACAAGAUUCAGCCACCUAAUGAGUACAUCCCGGAAGCACAAACACUCAGAACCGACCUUAAGCCUCUCAACGUCAUCCAGCCUGAAGGAGCCAGCUUCAAGGUUCAACAGGAAGGUACAUCUAGCGUCUUGUCGUGGCAGAAAUGGAACUUCAGGGUUGGUUUCAACCAGCGUGAGGGUAUGGUGCUUUACGAUGUGCGGUACGAUGACCGACCGCUGUUCUACCGACUGAGUUUGAGCGACAUGAACAUCCCAUAUGCCGAUCCUCGUCAGCCAUACUGUAGGAAGAGCGCAUUCGAUCUUGGAGAUGCCGGAGCAGGUAUCAUGGCGAACGACCUGAAAUUGGGAUGCGAUUGUUUAGGCUCGAUCUACUAUCUUAGUGCUGUCCUCUCGGACGAUAAGGGUGGCGUUCUCAAUAUGCCCAACGUCGUUUGCAUACACGAGCAAGACGCUGGUAUUGGCUGGAAACACACCAACUACCGUACUGGACGAGCAGCAGUCGUUCGGUCACGAGAGCUCGUCCUUCAGUCGAUCAUCACAGUUUCCAAUUACGAAUACAUUCUGGCUUUCGUAUUCAACCAAGCGGGAGAGGUCACAUACGAGAUCCGUGCAACUGGCAUUCUCAGCACUCAGCCGAUAGAUGAGGGCAUAGAAGUACCCUGGGGUACGGUUGUACACCCUGGUGUACUUGCAGUGCACCACCAGCACAUCUUCAGUUUGCGUGUCGAUCCCAUGAUCGACGGCUACGAAAACCGCUUGGUUUAUGACGAAGCUUUUCCAAUGGAGCGAUCGGAAUUUAACCCUCAUGGAACAGGAUACUAUGUCCAGGAGACGAUCGUUGACCAAUCUGGCGGUUAUGAUACAGCCUGUGAAAACAACCGCACUUUCAAGAUCCAAAAUCCGAACGUAAAGAACCCGAUCAACGGCAAGCCAGUCGCAUACAAGAUUCAGGCGCCGCCAUUCCAGAAGAUCCUCUCGGAUAAGGACAGCUUUAACUACAAGCGUGCCGAGUUCUCAGACCACAACGUAUACGUCGUGAAGCACCGAGACGGCGAGCUAUACGCAGGAGGCCUCUACACAAACCAAUCUCGAGGAGGCACAGGAGUUCGAUCAUGGGCAGAGAGAAACGAGAACGUCAAGGACACCGACUUUGUCCUCUAUGUUCAGGCGGGCAUCAAUCACGUUCCCCGGAUCGAAGAUUUCCCGGUUAUGCCAUGUGAGAUUUUGAAGAUCCACAUGAAGCCGGUAAACUUUUUCGACAAGAACCCUGCGUUGGAUGUACCGCCGAGCGAUCAGGCCUUCAACAAGAGCACAUUGCUCAGUGAGCAGCACAAGCAGCCUGUUGUCACAGCAACUGUGGGAGAGGAUGGGACUUGUUGCGCACCAAAAUUGUAGGGCAUCGAGCACAUGAGUAACGCGGAGUGAACACCAUUGCUAAGGCAGAAGUCAAUUCCAUCAUUAAGAAACAC